GUAAUUGUCCUCUUCUGGUAAGUACGCUGCUGGCGCCGAGGUACUUUUUCUUCAUCCCAACAUCCCUUCCCCGCCAGAUCUCGCCUUGCAAGGCAACUCUCGCCCGAAAUCAAGCAGGAACUGGCGCAAAUAUGGCACACUUCGCAUAGAAGCCAUAAAUCAUUCCGCUCCCGACAACCAAACACAGCUCGACGACACUCCCUCACCACCCUUGUUACCGGUCUUAUAUAACUAUCAUGUCUGCCUAGCCAUGACCCCUCUAAACUAUCCCAGUCCUCUACAUCCCGACUUCGCUAUGCCUGGCACGACGAAGCGCGUUCACUUCGACAUCCCCCCGACGCCGCCCCCGAAGCACUUCGAGGUGCCGCCAACGCCAUCACCUGUCCACUCGGACGUGUCGUUGCCGUCGUCGGUCGGGAUCAUCACUCCCCCACAGCUCGCAUACGCGCAGCUAUCUCCCAAGUACCCACUGCAGUAUGUGCCCGGCUCGCCGUCGUCCUUCGGCUCACUGCCCUACGUCGCCGGGCAUGUCAUGAUACAUCCCGUCCUCGCCGCGCCGCGCACCGCGCUCGCAUGGGACCUCAUCCUCCCGCCGUCGGCAGCAAACGUCCCCACCACGUACGGCUCGCCCUCACCUCUCAACCCCGCGUUGCUGGCGGAGCCCGCGACCCACCCCGGGCUCCCGUCGCUGACAAUCAUCUGCGACAUGCUCCCGUGGUCGAUCACCAUCACGCCCUCGCGGACACACUUCGUCUCGGUCGGGGACGUCCUGCACGCGCUCUAUCGGAUGCUCCGACUGGCGGUCACCGAGACCGAGGUGGGCGUGCUCCCGCCGGACACGCGUGUGCGCGUCCAUAGCGCGUUCCACGCGCGCCAUAAGAUGCUGCCCGACGCGCGCUCACGGGCGGAGGAGAAGCAGAAGGGUGUCAAGCGCGUCGACUUCCUCAUGGACCUGCGCCGUUUCGCGGGUCUGUCCAUCGUCAUGAGCGGCGCGGCGCUCAACGGCAAGGGCCUCGGCGAGGUGUGGGCGCUGCAGCUCGCCAUGGCAUGAUGCGGCGCAGUGGCACGGCAUGUGUGCUGCGCUGCGCUGCAUAUGGCGACUUGACUUAUUCCUUAUUUGCGACCACCCCGCGACGGCGGUGACGACCACGAUCACGGCGACGACUAUGAUGGCGACGCCGGCGACGAUUGACGACGGACUCCAGACAACGAUCAUGGACUGCAUAACUGUAGAAGAAAACCCCUUGCGUUCGAUUUCUCCUCGGUGUACACGGUUUCCCAUUGACGACGAAGCGCAUAUUAUUGUACGGUACUCUCCCCCCAUACCCCGCAUAGACUCCCGAACUCGUCGAACACAAAAGCAACAAUCACUGUAAUUUUUCCCCUCGCACUUGGUAGCGCUAAGUUAUUGUACUUGUCGUCUACUUGUACUUGUCACUGUAACGAAAUGACACGUCGCCAUGACCUCC